UGUCAAGUGUCAAUUGUCAUGUACAUCUCAGAAAAAUGAACGAAACCUGUUUUUAAAAGAAAGUUAUUGCUGUUUUUAAAUUUUAUUCAUAUAGUGCUUCUAAAAGUAUACCCUGGAUGUAACCUGAAUAGUGUGCUAAAGGACUUGAUCUUAAAUUUGACAAACAAUCAAAUAUUAAACGUUUAUUUUUGACUAUGUAUUUCGACUGUUAACAGCUCUAGCUCCACUUACAAAAAUGUAUUCUCGACUUCUUAGAAUACCUAAAGAAAUAUCAGCCGUGCGCAACGUUAAACACAUCGACGAAAUUGCUAAGUCUAUUACGCCAAUAACCACUCGCGUACAAAGAAUUCAUAACGAUACGACAAACAAUAACUAUGACCGUUUUCAAAAAUAUUCUAAUAAAUACGUUUUAUACUCACUAGUUGUAGGCGUUGUGGGAUAUACGUCUUAUAAAAUAUGGUUGCGAUACCAAGUAUUUCCAGCUAUAACUGCAGCUGAAGAUGUGGCGAAGACGGACUCAGAGAAUGAAGUUGAAACAAGAAAAAAAAGAUACAGAAAAGAAAAAAUUGGAUUCAGGGACAGAAAGAUAAUUGAAUAUGAAAACCGAAUGCGUCAAUACUCGACGCCCGAUAAGGUAUUUCGUUACUUUGCAACUCUACAAGCUCAACAUCAUGAUCAGCACGAGGUGUUCAUGACUCCAGAUGAUUUUCUACGUUCCAUGACACCUGGAGUCAAACAACCAGAUGGAUUAGGACUAGAUCAGUACAGAAGAUAUGAUCCAAAAACCAUAAGUCACCGACUCAACUUGGAUUUAGACGAGGAUUCGAUAUUCUACAAGCUGGGAUCUUCGGGCCUCAUCACCUUCAGCGAUUACAUCUUCUUGCUGACGGUGCUAUCGACUUCGCGUCGACACUUCGAAAUCGCGUUCCGCAUGUUCGACCUGAACGGCGACGGCGACGUGGACUGCGAGGAGUUCGAGAAGGUGGCUGCGCUCAUCCGCCAGCAGAGCAGCAUCGGCUCGCGCCACCGCGACCACGCCAACACCGGCAACACCUUCAAGGGCAUAAACUCGGCGCUGACUACUUACUUCUUUGGUCCCAAGCUCAACGAAAAAUUGACAAUUGAAAAGUUUCUAGACUUCCAACAGCAGCUACAGAAGGAGAUUUUAUCCCUCGAAUUUCAAAGAAAACAGCCAGAUGAAAACGGACGGAUCACCGAGGCGGACUUCGCAGAGCUCCUCCUGGCGUACGCCGGCUACCCCGCCAAGAAGAAGGCCAGGAUGCUCAAACGCGUCAAAAAAAUGUUCCGCGACCACGGCGUGGGCGUGACGCGCGACGACUACCUGCAGUUCUUCCACCUGCUGAACAACAUCAACGACGUGGACACGGCGCUGACGUUCUACCACAUCGCGGGCGCGUCCAUCGACCCGCCCACGCUGCGCCACGUGGCGCGCACGGUGGCGCGCGUGGCGCUGCAGCCGCACCUCGUGCGCGUCGUCUUCACCAUCUUCGACGAGAACCUGGACGGCCAGCUGAGCAACAGGGAGUUCGUCGCAGUGAUGAAGAACAGGCUGCUCCGGGGCCUGGAGAAGCCGAAAGAUACGGGUUUCGUGAAGCUCGUGCAUUCGCUGAUCAAGUGCGCCCGCGACACGAAGCCGGCGCUGCUCGACUUUUGAGGCUUCUGCCAGCGAUGUGAGUCCUUGCUCUCGUUCGGCUCUCUCCGGUUUCAAAUAAUCGAAACAUUCUUUACCCCGAUUGUAUUUACGAGAUUAUAUUAGACGUCAUCCAGCCUCCUGAUUUAGAAUAGCAAAAUCUAAACUCUGCUGAGAAGAACCAGCAAGAACGAUUAGCAAUAGUUUUCUCAAAUGAAAUUAAGCUUAAAAGAUUCGAUAAAAUCAAUAAUGAGGUUUACAUACUUGUAUAAUUAUUAUGUAUUCUGCCGACUCGACGCAAUGCAUUUCAAGUUUACCAAAUGAAGGCUUUAUUUAAUGACACCCUAACGACACGACUAAUCAUUAUAAUAGUAUGAUUUGAAGGUGUUUAUUACUAAAGAUCCGUAUUCAACGGUUGUCUUCUAAAAGGUUACCUUUUUAUUCGAUCAUUUAAAUUAGUUUAAUAUAUAGAGCUGUAAGAACUACGGGUUAAGGCUUUACAUACAUAUACUUUAAAAUAUGCAUUAGAGUAUUUUCAGCACCAAAUAUUUGUCGAAUUCCAAAUAUGUAUGAUUGUACUGCACAAUCAUACUGUAUUGAUUUGUCCCGAUGGGGACAAACUAGAAAAUAUAGGGAACUCACCAACCCGCUCAAGUGUUACCUCUAUAUUAUGAAACAAAGAUUUCCUAAGAAUGUUAUGUAAUUGUAUCUCAUCAGUCAGUCAGGACGUUGUUUUUCAUAUUUAUAUAGUUUUACUAAUAGAUAUUAACAAAAGUUAUUAAACAGGAUAAUAACUUGCUAUCUCUGUCUAAUAUUUAGAAUUAAAAAGGAUAGCUUCAUAUACAGAUAGAUUGCGUAAAACAAAUUCAUCACAAUGCUUUAUUAAUUUUAUGUUGUUUAAGUGCUUAUACAUAUUAUUUAAAUGUUAUAUUAAUUAUAUAAAACGUCUAGUCGAAAUAAAUAAUGGCCUUAAAACACAUUGUGUAGCUAAGAACACUGUAACUGUUUACUUGUAUAGUGUUUUCUCUUUCCGUCAUCAGUAAUAUGAUAUUUGAAAGAAGACGACAAAACAUUGUGUAACCAUACAACCGCUACACAAAGUAUGUUUAUUGUGUAAUUAGUAAUAUAGUAUACUGUAUAACACAAAUCAUUCUAAUCGUUAUUAUUUUUUAGUCUGUAAUUAUUAAUAUUAUUUACCGUUUUUCAUUUUAUUUUUAUCUGUUUUUUACAUGUGGAGUGUGAAAAGGCAUUAUAUUAUAAUAAAUUGAUCUGCUCUGUGUUCAUAGUUUUAAGUUUUUUUUUUUGUGUUUUUGAACAUACUACUAGCAGACUCGUAUAAUAAAUAAUUUUAUACUUUUGUGUAUAUGAUAUAUGGCAACAUUUUAAAAUAACUGGCUCUGUCAUCGUUUCGAACGUCUGGUGUAAAAUAAUCUGUCAUGUAAUUUUGUGAAAUAAAUGAAUUGAAAAGUA